AAGCGCGCGGGGAGAGGGCGCUGCUCGGCGUAUCCGCAACCUUCAGCCCGGGCCCGCCUCCCCAGCGCGCCGCCGCCGACCGGCUCCUCGCGCGGCUCCCGGCCCCAGCCCUCGGGUGCGCGCGCUCGCUUGCCUGCUUCCGGCCGCUGUCGCCGCCCCCGGACCAUGGCGACCUGCCUGCGGCUGCGGAGCUGCCGGGCCGCGCGCCUCCGGACCCGGGGCCGCGGCUACGCUGGGGAUUCGGCGGGCCUCUCUGCGGCGCUGCUGCGCACAGACGGCUUCGUGGGCGGCCGCUGGCUUCCGGCCGCCGCCGCCUUCCCGGUGCACGACCCGGCCAGCGGCGCCGAGCUGGGCAUGGUGGCCGACUGCGGGGUGCCCGAGGCCCGCGCCGCCGUGCGCACCGCCUACGAAGCUUUCUGCAGCUGGAGGGGCGUCUCGGCCAAGGAGAAAAGUUCAUUACUUCGGAAGUGGUAUGACUUAAUGAUACAAAAUAAGGAUGACCUUGCCAGGAUAAUUACAGCUGAAAGUGGUAAGCCACUGAAGGAGGCCCAGGGAGAGAUUCUCUAUUCCGCCCUUUUCCUAGAGUGGUUCUCAGAAGAAGCCCGUCGUAUCUACGGAGACAUUAUCUAUACUCCGGCAAAAGAGAAGCGGGCUCUGGUCCUCAAGCAGCCGCUUGGUGUAGCUGCAGUCAUUACCCCGUGGAAUUUCCCCAGUGCCAUGAUCACCCGGAAGGUGGGAGCUGCCCUAGCAGCUGGCUGCACCGUCGUGGUGAAACCUGCCGAAGAUACACCCUUCUCUGCCCUGGCCCUGGCCGAGCUUGCAAAUCAGGCUGGAAUUCCCCCAGGUGUGUACAAUGUUAUUCCCUGCUCUCAAAAGAAGGCCAAGGAAGUAGGGGAAGCACUUUGUACUGAUCCUCUAGUAUCCAAAAUUUCCUUCACUGGCUCAACAACUACUGGAAAGAUACUGUUGCACCACGCGGCAGACUCUGUGAAAAGGGUCUCCAUGGAGCUGGGUGGGCAUGCCCCAUUCAUCGUAUUUGACAGUGCCAGUGUGGACCAGGCUGUGGCAGGGGCCAUGGCAUCUAAAUUUCGGAACUCUGGACAGACUUGUGUUUGCUCAAACCGUUUCUUGGUGCAAAAGGGUAUCCAUGAUUCUUUUGUGAAAAAAUUUGCUGAGGCAAUUAAAACAAACCUGCAUGUGGGCAGUGGAUUUGAGGAGAGAACCACUCAAGGCCCGUUAAUUAAUGAAAAGGCAGUAGAAAAGGUAGAGAAACACGUGAGUGAUGCGAUUUCCAAAGGGGCCACCAUUGUGACAGGUGGGAAGCGACAUCCACUUGGAAAGAACUUCUUUGAGCCCACUCUGCUCAGCAAUGUCACCAAAGACAUGCUCUGCUCUCAUGAAGAGACUUUUGGACCUCUGGCACCAGUUAUCAAGUUCGAUACAGAGGAGGAGGCUGUGGCGAUCGCUAACGCGGCUGACGUUGGGUUAGCAGGUUACUUUUACUCUCAAGACCCAGCCCAGAUCUGGAGGGUGGCAGAGCAGCUGGAGGUCGGCAUGGUUGGCGUGAAUGAAGGGCUGAUCUCCUCCGUGGAGUGCCCCUUCGGUGGGGUGAAGCAGUCUGGCCUUGGGCGAGAGGGGUCCAGGUAUGGCAUUGAUGAGUAUCUGGAACUCAAGUAUGUGUGUUUUGGAGGCUUGUAGGAUUCUUCCAUUUUUUUUAAAUAAAAAAGGAAGCUUACAUAAUAUAUGGGGCCAUUACCAUCCAUUAUUUUAAAUAAACUUAGAAUUUAUUGGAAUUAAUGAUUUUUUAAAGCUCAUCCAGUACUUAUGAUCUUAAGCAGAUGUGAGUCCCGCCCCUCCCCUUACCUGCCUAGGGGCCAGUACCUGUGGCUGGUCUGUGUCUGCAGAGUCUCCGAGAGCCAUCGUUGGGUUUAUAAUGAAACCCUGAAGCCCCACCACAACCCCACGUACCUUGGGGCAAGGUGCGGAGUGAGGCCAGCCAGCCUGUGGGGCCCUGUCACCCAGGGCAGUGGCGCAGCCAUCUCCCACGUGGCUCCAGGACUUAGAUGCAGAGGGCUGCAGGGGCAUGCCCCGAGUAGGACUGGCGGGCUGGUCACAGGCACGGCACCCUGGCCACCUGCCGGCGCAGCCUGACACUCCUCUCCAGCUAGUCAGUGGUGUUGAUACAGAGGCUGAAUCAAUCAGUUUUCCAACUUCUGAAACAGCAGAGUUGCCUGUGUUUCUGUGAGGAAUGAAGGAGCCACUCUGCCUUUUUCUGGACCCAUUUUUACACUGAAGUCCUCCUCUAAAUUUACUACUAGGAGAUUAUGUUUCCAUUUCUGCCCUAUUUUCAGUUUCAUUGGUUUCCUUUGGGAAAUGAGCAUAAAGCAAAGAAGAGUAGAGGCAAGUGGGAUUUUUUUUUUUUAUAUAUUUUAACAACAAGAAUUAGAAAAGGACCGUAAUUAGACCAGGUGUUGGCAAACUACAGCUCACAAACUAGAGGCAGUGUGGUAGAAGAGAAAGGACGCGCAUACUGGCCGGCCUGGGUCCCUCCCUGAGUAGUAGCUUUGAUCCUAUAGAUGCUGUUUGUGAGGAGUGCAAGGUCUAUAUAUGCCUUUCUUGGCUCAAUGGGGUGUUGUGAGCCUAAAAGAAAGUAAAACUACUUGUAAAAAAAAAUGAAAAUUUGAUGUAAGUUCAGCUGUUACCAUGAGCAGCACAGCCCUCCUAAGGCAUCCGGCGGUAGCUUUGCCAGGCUGAGGGAAGGCCAGUGCCCGCCUGCCCAGCCCCCUGAGCCUGAGGAAGCGGUUGUCACCUGCAGCCUGCUCUUUCUGUCCUUGGGAGAUGAGCUCCUUCACUUCCAAAACAGCAUAAGCACUCUGACCCCAGUAAUCUCAGAUGGAAAAGGAAUUUCUGUAAUUGUCAAGCCACCUUGUGGAAGCGACAUGAGACCUUGAAUUUCAGGCAACUUUUAUCCAAUAAGAGUUUUUACGGUUCAUCAUAAAAAAAAAAAAAAUCACAGCCUAUUACUAGUGUUUCCUGUCACUCUGAAUGAAAAACUCUAAGAAAGUCCUAGGCUUUUCUGGACAUGUCUCCCAUCAAUCCUGAUAUACUGAGGAAAAGGAUUAAAGGCUGCUCCUGGCUGAAUAGGCAGAGAUGAAGCUCCUUCUUUUCUCACUCUGUACAAAAUCCACUGACCUUCUAUGGAGAUUCCAGGUGUAAAAGGAAACUGUGAUGAAGGUAGUGCUAGAGGCAAUUACUCUGGAACCCCACCCAGUACUUAGCAUUCCUCACUGAGCAAGGGGGUCCUGUUGUUGAGUAACAAGGCCUGGAAUGUCCCUGUGGCUGAAGGACCCGUGGCCAGUCCUGGAGCUUUCAUUAUGUGGCCUGGAUUACAGCAGCGGUGUCCCAAGGCCCAAACAAGGAAGGAGCUGAACUCCACCUCCUAGUGACUUACAUUGCCCAGGCGUUGUCAGUAAUCACAGACUUGGCAUACUGACACUGAAUGCCUUUUAUUUUUAUAGUGUUUAGAUUGAUUUAUAUAACUCUAAUUACUUAAGAUUUGGGUAUGCCAUCUGUUUUCUUUUAACAAUAAAAAUGCUCUAGCACUAUUUUUUAGAAGUCUGUAAUACUGAUGCUUGGAGGUAUGUGGAAGAAUACAUACAAAUACGUUUGUAACUUCGUAAGCCAGUGGAUUCCUUGACUAGGUGACAGAUUUUGAGUUUUCUUGUAUGGCUCACCACGUGCAUAAAUUGAGGGCCAGAGACUCUAGCAAUAUAUGAUUAAUUUUGUAAUUAGAGUAAUUUGAAAAGGAAUUAACUUCCUGUUUAGUAAAAUCCUUAUGGGUUGUGGGGAGAAAGAGAAGUGUUUCUAAAUGAACUUUUUUUUGGUAACUUUUCAAUAAUGUAACCGUGUGUGAUACGUGGGAUUUUUAAAAAUAUACUUUACAACCAGAAUUAGAAAAGGACCAUUAUUAGACCAGGUGUUGGCAAACUAUAGCUCACAAACCAGAUCUGGCCUGCCACCUGUUUUUUUACAACCCAAACCUGAGAAUGGUUUUUACAUUACCAAAUUGUUGGGAAAAAAUCCGAACAAUAUUUCAUGAUACAUGAAAAUUACAUGAAAUUCAGAUUUAAGGAUCCAUAAAUAAAUGUUUAUUGAAACAUUUAAUACUAUACCCAUUUACCAUACGAUCUAUGGCUACUUUCUUGUCUGAGAACUUGAAAAAGGCCUACAAAGCCUAAAAUGUUUACUCUUUGGCUUUUUGCAAGUUUGCCAACCCCUAAUCUAGGCCAAGAGGGAGAUAGAUAUUAAUCAUCCUUCAUUUUUCAAGUAUUAUUUUAUCUUACUAAACAUCUAUGUAAAAAAGCAUUGCUCCAGUGAGUUCUCAUCAAGAACUUCCCAGCAACUGUCACAUAACUCAAAUGAAAUUACCCAGAUAACAGGAGCCUAUGGGCAAGAAAAUACACUUCUCAGUUUACUUUCCCAGCUGUGCAGGGGGCCUCACUUAAAGAACUCAUCUGCAUCUGUUAUCAGUAGCUCUUUCAAUCUCUUUUAAAUAUGAUUUUAUGGCAAGUAUUGUUUCUUUCCAUGUCUACCUUUAUUCUUAUGGAAAGAUUCUAUGAAAGUAAAGAUCAGAAACAAUGCAAAUAAAUGUUCUUUGUUAACUUACAUUAUUAAAUUGUACCACAUGACUGCCUUCUCUGAAGUCGGGAGGCUAUAGUUUUAAUUAUUCAUGUGCAGCUAUUUUAGAUAGCACCUUACUUGAGUGUAACUUCUAUGCUGUGAUUUUUUUUGUGCUGUGUUUUAUGUGAUAAAGUUUUAGAGUAAUUGUAGUUGGAGGUGUGGAAGUAUUUUGCUUUGAAACGUGCGCAUAGCUCAUUUUUCCAGUUUUUUAUAAUUUUGUAAAUGCCUCAAUGUCUUGUCAGUAGAGUUGUGUGAGUGUGUAAUUAAUAAAUGUCGAAUUAAUGGAAUUUUCUGUUUCUGUGUUAA